AAAUAUUUCCCACGUAAUGUCAGUUUUAGAAAUGGAUGUUGAAGAUGCUUACAGCCAAAUGCGACGCCUCUUGGACUCCCAUAGGCUCAAUUGGCAGUCCAAGAAGCGUCGCAAUCGACGUCGUAAGCUGCUGAGACGUCAGCGGUAUUUGCGCCAAGCUCGGCGAUUUGCUGGCGGCCAAGAAAAGUGGAGACGUGCUCCUGGCAAGAGUAAUGCCGUUCGUCGAACCUUCUGGCAUGCCGCCUGUUGUGUGAUGCCUUUCCAGCGAUUUUUCCGCAUAUUCAAGCGCCACAAACUGAGUCGCACCCAAGCCCUGCCACUCGAGAUGGUGCGGCAGCCGACCACGGCCAACGCCGAAGAGCCCCUUCAGAUGCCCGACGAUGAGUGGGAGCGAAGGCGCUCACAUCUGCAGGAGCGUCCGCUGCUCGAGAAUGUGCGGCACAUAAUUCGGAUGCAUUGGACUGGAUUUGUGGAACGUAUAUCGCCGACCUUCUCCUCCGUGGGCAACAACACGCAGCGCGCCGUCGAAGGAGUCCACACAGCGGUCGAGGGUCUUCAAUUGAUUUCCCAAAAAACCGAUGAGGCCCUUGUUACUAUCAGUCCGAAUUAUGUAGAAACUACGCCCACGUUGUACGUCCUCGACCUCAUCGGCCUUCUACAAGGACUGAAUAAUACACUCGUUGACUAUAUGCUCAACAAUACUCAGAUAAGAUCUAGCCUGGCCAGCAGUGGAAGCUGUUAUCCCGGUGUUUCCACAUGUAGAACCAAAAGAUUUGUACUACCAAAACCUACAGACCUAAGAGCCACCGAGGCUUGACAUCACAAAACUUAACAUACUUACCUAAAUAACGAACGAACGCAAACAUUAUUAUGUUCUUUAAAAUAUUUAAAACUUAGCUUUUAAUUGUUUAUCCACUAAAUCAAUUGCAAUAAACCCAACAACAUACCAAUAA